AUGUCGCUACCAAAGACCUUAGUCCGAAACUUCAGUCACAUUGUACGAACACCCACCCACCGAUUUUUACCAAUACUGCCACUUAACCACAAACGCCACUGUUCAGCCGAUUGCAAUCCGGAAGUGCCGGAUCCGAUCGUCCAUUUGCCAGAACUAGGAACACUAAAAGGAUCCUUCACCAAAGGUGCCUGGAGUGGCGUACCGAUCCAGCAGUUCCUGAACAUCCGCUAUGGUCAACCUGCUACGGGAAAUCGCCGGUUUAAGGCACCCAUACCGGUAGAGCCUUGGGAGGGAGUUUUGGACGUUUCAAAACGCGGCAAUGCUUCCCCGUACUACGGAGAUAUGAAAAAGAUAGGGAAGGAUUCACUGCCGGACAAUUUGGAAGACUGCAUAAACCUCUGCGUGUAUACAAAGGAUCUUUCCAGCAAGAAACCAGUGAUCGUGUUUAUACACGGUGGAGGAUUCUACAGUGGUGGUGCUGGUCAACACCCUCCGGAAUAUUUACUCGAAAAAGACAUCGUUCUCGUUGUGCCACAGUAUCGGCUAGCGGCCCUUGGUUUCCUAUCAACCAAAACCGAAAACAUACCUGGAAAUGCAGGUGUUAUGGAUGUUAUUCUAGCUUUCCGCUGGGUUCAAAAAUAUAUAUCUCAUUUCGGGGGUGAUCCUCAGCAAGUAACUGCGUUUGGUCAGUCGGCAGGUGCGGCCAUCAUUGCAGCUCUAACCUUCAGCCCGGCUGGUGAAGAGUCGUUCUUCAAUAAAAUGAUUCUAAACUCAGGCGCAGGACUGGCAAGUAGCUGGACGUUUGAUGUAAACUGUGAACGAAACGCGAAAGACAUCGCUCGUAGAGCUGGACUCGACCCGAAAGCUCCAUUAGAAGAGGUAGAAAAAUUCUUGAUAGAAUUGGAUGCCUACAAUCUGCUGAAAUACUUUUCGCAACAUAUGUGGCAAGGAACACCCAACGGAAUCAACUCAAUCGGUGGACAUCGGUUUACACUGGGUGGACCAUCAGGCAUCUUCCCGAAGACUCCCUUUGAAGUAAUGAAAAGGGGCGGAGGACGCAAAAAUUUACCAAUGUUAACCGGAGUUGUUAAACAUGAAGGUAGUUUCGGUUUGGUAGAUAUGUUCGUUAUACUGUCGCACAUGAAAGUGCUGAAGGAUAAAGACUUCAUGCGCUACGAUUUAUUAGAGCAAGUUUCGCGAACUUACGGGUCAACAGAAGAUAGCAAUACCCUAACGCCGCUGAUAGCUAGAACAAUGUUCAACGUUGAAGAUCUUGCUUCAGGUGAUAUUCUCAAACUUAUUCCAGGUCUAAUAGAUUACACUGGAGCCGCUAUCAUCAAAGCCACGGUUCUGCGGUCAGCUCAAUACAAUAGCCGCCAUAAUCCCGAUCAGACCUAUGUGUACAGCUUCGACUACCAUGGUGAACAUAGCCGCUUCGGCUUCGAUCAGGACGUCAGUCGGAUACCCUUUGAUGGUGGAGUGCAUCACACCAAUGAUCUAAUCUAUCUCUUCCCGUAUCCAAAAUCAGCGGCCAGACUGAAUAGUCAGGACACCGAGAUUGCUAAAAAGAUGGUCGAUCUUUGGACGUCGUUUGCCAUCAAUGGAGUUCCCAGCACCAAAGAUCUACCGGAGUGGCCUACAUUUAAUAAUGUAUACGGACCAUAUCUACAUAUAAACAAGCAAUUCAGUAUCGGUCAUAACUUCCUGGACGAAUUUACUGUGGCUAGCGAUGAAGCGCGUGCUGCCAAAAAGUGA